GCUGAGCCUGUGCUAAAAUGGAGUCUUUGCCUAUUGUUGAUUUCUCUUCUACUGACACCGAGGGGACGGCGUCUCGUAUAGUACACAUAAUGGAGACUGUGGGAUUCCUUUAUCUCGAUAAUGUCCCAGGCUACAACCUCGAGGAAGAAGCAGAACUCUUGGAAAUCAACAAAUGGUUUUUCAACCUACCUGAGGAAAGGAGACUGAGGGUUGCUCGAUACUUGUACAACAAGAAGAACAAGGUCUUCUAUCGUGGAUAUUUCGGCUUGGAUAAAGACUACAGCUCCUAUAAAGAGGGAUACGAGUUUGGACAGGACAGCGUUACAAGCCCAGGAUACAAGCUCACUUCGAAUGAAGGAUUCCCGGUAACGGAAGAAAAUGUCUGGCCUGAGCCAGAGCCUAGUGACAGCCAGGAAGAGAAAGAGAGAUACGCUAAAUUCAAGGAGGUAGUCGUGAAGCAUUACGGUCGAAUGAUGUCAGCUUCUAUGAGAUUUCUCCAACUCCUAGCUAUUGGUCUAGGAUUACCUGAAACAUAUUUCCACCAUCUCUUUGUUCCAGAGACUCUCUCCACUCUUCGCCUCCUGCACUAUCCUCAGCGAGGAUUUGAGCCUCCUCCAUCUGCAAUUGAGGAUGGCCAAGUUGUUGUGUGUGAGACACACGCCGACAAUGUAUUUGUGACGUUUCUUACUACGUUCAAUUAUACCGGUCUUCAAGUUCUGCUCCAUGACAACACUUGGCUCACUGUACAGCCUCGCCCUGGAUCCUUUGUAGUGAAUCUGGGUAAAACAUUAUCAGAAUCAACUGGAGGCAGAAUAAAAGCUACUAAGCAUCGUGUGGUGGACCCUGGAGGUGAAAGAUACAGUCUCCCUUUUUUCUUGGAGCCUGGCUACUCUGCAAAAGUCCCUCUGUCCUUGCCUUUGGAUGGAAAGGAAGAGAAUGAUGUGAAGUAUAUGCAGUAUGGGCCAUGGCUCCUUGAGAAUAUGAAGAAAUAUGCAGAAAUAAAAGAUGUGCUGAAGCUCUUUGAAGAGUCCGGUUUUAAAAAAGAGAACUGAUAUUAUUUAUAUGUUUUAUAUAGACGACUAUAAUAUUAACUUGCAUUGUUAUAUCCCAAUAAUUUUGUUUCAAAUAAU